AUGAAACUUUCAUUCGUUCUCAGUCUUCUCACUAUUGUGAGUACCGUCUUUGCGGGCGGUAUUCGCGGCGCCUACGAACGCAUGUUUAUCUGGUACGCCUACCAGGCGCAAAUUGAUGGCCUGAUGAAAACAUACGGCAAUCUGGAUGCACUCACCAUCUGCCCGUAUGAUUACGGAAGCGGACGUGAAAAGACACUGCUGUUCAAUGAGUUCAUCGAGGUCACAAACCGGGAAGUCGACGCGGAUCGAGGCGCAAUCCCCUCCAUCACAGACAGUCUAACUCCCGAUGUUGACAAGAUGGCAAACACGCUCCUCCGCGGAAAAAAUGGAAAAUCCCUGAUGAAACCGAGGUGGCCCUGGGCUGGCAGAAUCAUGGUUGGAGCUUCCUAUACAACCCUGUUACAGAAAGCUGCAGCAGUGGUGUGGGAUAUGAAACAAGAGAGCAUGCUGGGCCCGAGCAAUGCUCACAUACUGAAGGCGACACGGGCAAUUCAAAUGGUGGUGCUGUCGCGCAAAAUCGACUACGAGAAAUACCGGAUGCCGGCGAUGGAGUCUCAAUUCAAGGAUGUCAAGUUUGUGACGUGGGAUCUCAUACUGCAGUCUGAGCCUAAGGCGAGGGAGUUCGAUCUCGAGGAAACCGUGAAACAGAACCCGAACGUGGAAGAUCUAGCAAAGAAGAUUGAUCUCUGGGUGAAAGCAUACCAUACGCAGCCGGUAGAGGGGGAAAAACGCGCCUCUCAUUGGAAUGCGCUUAAGGAAGCCAAGGUAGCUGAAAGUCGUGCUACCUACGGGGGUUGUUAG